CUCACAGCAUCUUGCAAUUCUUGAUAGACGUAGAGAUCCGGACACCCGGUAGCCCGCGCCCAAGCCGCGCGCCCGCGCGUAAGCCGCGCCCAAUUGGUGGGGCCAUGCCGCCUUACAGACCGCCGCAUAUGCGGAACCAGCCGCCCAUGCCGAAGCUGACACUUGUGGGGCGCAAUGAGGCGAUUUUAACCACGCCCACGCAGACGGACACCGUAGGUACUGUGACCACAAUGCUCGCAGAGGAGUUUCAUGUGCCCGAGGAUCUCAUCUCCUUGGCCAAGGACGGUGCUCCCCUGACGAACAUGUCCGAGAAACUGGCGGACAUGGGCAGCGUCAACAUCCAGGUGACGGUGCAACAGGCCACCCACGAACAGAUGGAGAAGUACAUCCGCUCGAAGGGUUCCGAGCAUUUCUUGGGUGCUGAGCUCAAGCUCACCACGCAGGGAGGGGAAGAGCUCAAAGGUGAGCUUUACUGUGUCCAAGAGACGGACAGCAGCUGCAUUUUGCGGCAACUGCUGCAAGACGGGUGCGCCAACUACUUCUGGCUCAAAUGGAACACCAUCAAGAGUAUUUCCAUUGAGUCGAUGCCGGACAAGAAGCGCGCCGAGUUCUGGCCGGCCGUGAAUCUUCAGGCGCUCGAGCGGCGCGCCUGAGGCGUUGCGGCGUUUUUUUCGGCCGCGGGUGUUCGGUGAAAGAGAUGCGCAUGAGGCGCAUGAGGCGCGUGAAUGGCAUCCGGAAAUCACUUUGGCACUGCACAGCCAUCUUCACCACAUUGACCUACACUUCUCGCGGUGCUGAGUUUUGGUCCUACGUCACGCAUCACGCUGGGGUUCCGUAGUUCAGCGCGCAAGCUGGGGCUUUCUGGUGGGCACAAGCUGGGGCUUUGCAGUUCACCUGCUCACUGGUUCGAAACCCA